AUGUAUGUGGUGAGUGUGUGUUAUUUUGCUGUAGACCAGCAUGGAAAGCCGGGCCAGGCCAGUCUGCCUGCAUUUCGACGCGUGCUGCACGGGGUCAACAGGUUCGGCCAUCAGAAUACGGUGGCAGUGCGCAGCCUGGACGGCGUUUGGUGGCUAGGUUUUAUACAGGAUCUGACAGUGGACGAGAGUUUUGCGUUCGUGGAAUUUGAUUCCAGGAAAAAGCCCGCGUGCUGGAUACUCUCCCGCUUCGUACACCCUUUGCCGCUCCUUUUCGACAACAAGUCACUGACCGAGUGGAGGAAUAAGCCGGUAUGGGUAGCGCUACGCGACGAGAUGGACGGGCCAUUUCGGUUUCGUCCUGCCACUUUGCUGGAGUGUGUUAAACUGUGUCGCUUGUGCUACGUCAGAUGGCAGACUUCCGGCGUGACCUCUUCGGCCUUUAUUGAAGUGGUGGACCGCUGUCAAAUAGUGGAACACCUGCCUUCCGAUGAAAUGCCCUUUCAAGAGAAGAGCAACCUUUUGACCCGCCGAUGUAUACCGCCUCAUCACACUUUCGCGUAA